AUGGAAACACGCACAGAAUACGCGCAGCGGCCCUCAACACGACAAAGCCGCAUGAAAAUCGACGCCCUCUUAAAUCCGGGCGAAGGAGACAGCUACUCAGACUCACCUCGCUCCCAACACGCCUCAAUCCCAUCCAUCCACAGCUACCAACACUCGCCAAGUUUCCCCCAAGUCCAAACUACUGGUAUGGACGAUACCACGACACCAGCCCGGGUGCACUAUCCAGCGCAACCCACAGCAGCAGCCAUAGCCAUAGCGAAAGCCAAAGUCACAACCACGCAGGCCCAACAGCUCACCACCAAAGCCAAAGCCAAUCCCACCACAUGUUCCUAA